AUGACCAGCUUAACAGUCAUACAAGAAGAAGAAAGGACUAAAGAGGAGCAGAAGAUUACUGAUCUAGAGAAAGAAGAGCUUCUCAGAUCUGAAGAACACAUCCAACGGACUGAACAAGGUGAAGUAAAAGAUGAAAAUGAUCAAGAAAUGAAGCAUACCCACAUUGGAUUUCAAAAGAUGGAGACCAAAUUUCAGAUCGAUCUUGACCAAAAAUGUCCCAUAUGCGAACAUGAAGAUCUGCCAACUGCUGCUUUUUGUCUUUGUGAUGUGGCUGGAGCUACUAGCACAAGUAGAAGAGCUCUUAGAGGAGCAAAAAUACCAAAGAGCGAAUACACAACCCUUCUUAAUGGUCUAAAGUACUAUGAUUUGAAGGUUGGAACUGGAGCUGAAGCCGUGAAGGGAUCUAGAGUUGCAGUCCACUAUGUUGCUAAAUGGAGGAACAUCACAUUCAUGACAAGUAGACAAGGAAUGGGAGUUGGUGGUGGAACACCUUAUGGAUUUGACGUUGGUCAAUCAGAGAGGGGAAACGUCCUUAAAGGAUUAGAUCUCGGUGUUCAAGGGAUGCGAGUAGGAGGACAGCGCUUGCUCAUAGUUCCUCCUGAACUAGCUUAUGGGAAAAAAGGCGUGCAGGAAAUUCCUCCAAAUGCAACAAUUGAGAUGGAUAUUGAACUGCUGUCUAUUAAACAAAGCCCAUUCGGAACUCCUGUAAAAGUUGUUGAAGGAUAGCCACAGUGUUCACAUACUUCAUGUUAUGAUUUGUUACCUGCAAAAGCGCUCAGCCUAUUGUAUAAAUUUUCAGAAUACUAAGAGCUCUGCUUCUGAUUUGGUAUUUUACCAGGAAAUUGUCGUUAGAAAUGUUAGUAUUGUAUAGUUCAAACUCAUUCUCACAUCAUGAGCUUGCUUAA